AUGAAUAAAAAAACAAUGCAACAGAAAAGGCAAUCCAUGGUGAAGAAUAAGAGCGAGAUAUACCCACAGAAGAGCCUGAACCUGGGUCAGAAGUCAAAAAGCAGAGGGAAAAGUAUGAAUGGAAAAAUCAAAGUGGUGGUAAGGAAGAGACCCAUCAGUGAGUUAGAAAAAAAAAGGAAAGACCUUGACAUUAUAACAGUGAAGGAUAGCUCCACCAUAUAUAUAGACGAGCCAAGAUACAAAGUGGACCUGACUAAAUACGUGGAGAGACACGAAUUUAUAGUGGAUAAAGUAUUCGACGAAACUGUCGACAAUUUUACCGUCUAUAUAAAUACAAUAAAACCAUUAAUUGUAGAUAUAUUCGAAAGUAAUUGUGUCUGUUCAUGUUUUGCCUAUGGACAAACGGGUAGUGGGAAAACGUACACGAUGUUAGGGUCUCAACCCUAUGGACAAAGCGAAACGCCAGGGAUUUUCCAAUACGCAGCAGAAGAUAUAUUCAGUUUUUUAAAUUUGUACGAUCAUGAUAAUAGCAGAGGAAUUUUCAUUUCCUUUUACGAAAUUUAUUGUGGAAAAUUAUACGAUUUGUUACAGAAAAGAAAAAUGGUUGCCGCUUUGGAAAAUGGGAAGAAGGAAGUGAUUGUGAAGGAUUUAAAAAUUUUAAGAGUCUAUUCUAAGGAAGAGUUAAUUUCGAAAAUGAUUGAUGGAGUAAUGUUACGGAAGAUAGGAGUGAAUUCUCAAAAUGAUGAAUCGUCUAGAUCACAUGCUAUCCUGAAUAUUGACGUAAAAGACAUACAUAAGAAUAUUUCUCUGGGGAAAAUUGCCUUUAUAGAUUUGGCAGGAAGUGAAAGGGGUGCAGAUACCGUUGCCCAGAAUAAACAGACACAAACAGACGGAGCUAAUAUUAAUAGAUCCUUGUUAGCUCUGAAGGAAUGCAUCCGGGCUAUGGACUCAGAUAAACACCAUAUUCCAUUCAGAGAUUCAGAACUGACUAAAGUUUUGAGGGAUAUAUUUGUUGGUAAAUCUAAAAGUAUCAUGAUUGCAAAUAUUUCUCCCACUAUCAGUUGCUGUGAGCAGACACUAAAUACGUUGAGGUACUCUUCUCGUGUCAAAAAUUUUAAGCAUAAAAUGAAUGCUACUGAAGAGGAAGACCCCAAUAGUGAGAAAAUUAGCAUCCUGGAGUCUAGGAGCGGCGAGAUGAACACCUCCGGGGCGGAGGGAGCGGCUAUGAAAUCAAAUUCUCUCAUUCAGAGCGGAAGGCCGAAUAUAAAGUCGAACGAGUUGAAGGACCGGCGAGCUGGCAGCGGCAUCGUAGGUGGCUUGAUUAACUCUUCCCGCAAUGGAAAACAUCUUGUGAAAAAUCAGGAUGCCUUAUCCAUCAAUCAGACCAAGUACAGCUCCGUCAACGAUAUGGAUAAGUUAGCGCAAAAAAAGAAGAAGAAAAAAAGCCUCUUAAAUUUUAAGAGCAAUAAUACAAAUUAUGAUAACAUAUCGGGGAAAGAAAAUUUCGUCCAGCAAAAUUACGCGUUCUCGGACACAUCCGAUUUCUCCUCCCUGGACGAAAUGAAUUGCAAUCUUAACAAGAAUGACAAGAAUAUGUUUUUAGCCUGCAGGAAGAAUGCGAAACAGGGCGUAGUAAAGAACAGGAGCAGUUGUGAUGGCGUGUCGAGCAAAACGAAGAAGGCCGAUGUGCAGGUGCAUCGACACAGCGUUGGAAGCAAGUUAACAAACUUCUUCAGUGAACGGGAGCGCCUGAAGGAGAGGUCCUUUUUCCGGGGCAACGGCACCACCUCGAGCGGGAAUGCGUCAAGCACGAAGCAUCAUAUUGGUGGCGGUAACGGGGUCGUUGGUAUUAGUGCACUGCAAAACAAUACGGACCAGAUUCACAUGCGGCACGGCAACGAAAGGGAAAAGAACAGAGAUAGCGACAACAUAUUUUACGAUGCCAUCUCAAACACAUCUGAGAGUGCAAAUCGGUUGCUUCAACAAAGCGUGCAAAACACACUUAAGGUGACGGAGAAGAAUCAAAGCGGCCAACAUGGAAACAGCCCCGCUACAGGUAUGACCCAAAGGAUGAGUUACGAUUACAACCAAACAGACAGGAGUAACUCUUUCGUCGGAAUGAAGGAAAGACCAACGAAAGGCACCAGCCUUUUUAUCAAUUGUGACACAGAAAGUACGAUCUGCGUGGGGAAGGAAAACCUAGAUCCCAUAAAAAACUUUUCCAAUAUACAUCUACACACAAAAGGAACUUCAUUUGAAAAAUCGUCAAAGGAUGUGAACUAUCAUGCAGCAGAAACUCCAUUUGAUAAUACCAAUGGAGAAUACUGCAACGUGGCAAUGAUGGGUGUUCACGAAGAUGUGGGUCUACUGAAGAGUGGAAAUUUAGUGGGAGAGACCUCCAACGAAUUCCUUCCUCCCAGUCAAAAUUACGGAGAAAAAUACGAUAAUAAUAUUUACUGCCAAAAUAGUUUUAACCAUAAUAGCGGGAAGAGCCCAGCCGAAGUGAUCGACAUUAACAGCGUAACCUCUGAGGAGUGCCAUAAAAUUGGAGUAGCCGAAACGGGAAAUGGUAAUAGCCAAAACGUCGAAGAGAAUGAAUUCUCCCCUGAAGAGCACGCAAAGCAGUUUCAGAAAAAUCUGAACAACAUGGUAGACAAUUGUCUGAACACUCUAAAUAUAGGCAACCUGUGUGAAGACACACAAAAUAUACUAAAUAAUAUUUUGUUGUCAAAAUACACAGCGGAUAAAGAAAUGUUAAUAAAAAAGUACAUCGAUGAAGAUGUAAAGAACAUGAGUUUGGAAAAACUAGAUAAGUAUGCGCAGUUAAUCUAUGAAAAGAGAAAAACCAUUCUCACUAAACUUCUUUUCUUGUUCAAAAGAAAUGUUGAUGUACAGACAAACAACGAAACGAGUGACUUAAAGAAAGAUCUGGUUAUGUGUCAUAUAUGUAGUAACAAUCCAGAUGAUCAAUUUCAUUUUUAUGCCUACAGUAGAUUAGAAAAGGAUAUGAUAAAUUUAAUAACGCUACGACAGUUGUGGUGCGAGAGUGAGAACUUGAGGCAACUACAUCAGUACCUCAUGGUUGAAUAUCAGAACAAAUCUGCCAAUUUAAUCACCUUCAAUGUUUUCCCAAAUAAAAAUAGCACCAGCUCAUUGAAUAAGAAGUACGUGGAGGAUGCCAAGGGGCAGUCGGAAGCUGCGAGGUCAGCUGUGGGUCCUCUGCAAUAG